AUGUUGAAAUGGGCUUGCAAGAAUGGAUGCCCCUGGGAUGAAAGGAUGUGUCAGUAUGCAGCUAGACCAGGGUGUCUAGAUAUUCUCAUUUGGGCCCGUGUGAAUGGAUUCCCAUGGAAUGCAAAUACAUGCGAGGCUGCUGCUGAAGGUGGGCAUCUUGAAUUCCUGAAGUGGGCAGUGGAGAAUGGGUGCCCUUGGAAUGCAAGGACCUGCGAGGCUGCUGCUGCAAGACAUGGCCACUUUGAAGUUCUCAAAUGGGCAGAGGGCAACGGAUGCCCUUGGAAUGAGGAUACAUGCAUGUGGGCUGCCAACAAUCAAAUGACAAAAUCUGCUGUGCAGGCAAAUCGCACCUGUUUAUUGCACCAUUCAGUAUUCAGCGUAGAAGACUCGACUACUUCUUUAGAACUUGGUUGCUCGUUGCAGCCUCUCUUUCAAAUUUCUAUGCUGUUUUGCUACGUUUCUUGUUUCCUUUGUGUCCGAGCAUCCUCUUUUUAUCAACUCCUGGCAGUGUCCGGAAACAGGCAAGACUCAGUAGUGAAAAUUUCAAUUUCGUGUUUUUAUAUUUCAGGCUUCACCAAUUUGUGA